AAAAAAAAAAAAAAUCCUAACGGUCAAGCUAUACACACACCUGAGAGUUGAGACAUUUCUCCUUGAACUCAACAGCUCAUGGUACGGAAGUGAAGACAUCCAACUGUGUUUCUCCUCCAGAUCUGCUACAUUUGCGACAAGAAACAGAAAAAGCAGGUCAACUGAACAAUUAGCUAAGAAGAUGGAGGAUGAGAUGAUUACCUUGAACAAUGUAAUGUCGGCCGAGCUCGCUAUUCAAAGGGAGUUCGAGUACAGAACUAAGAUGGAGCUGCUGAACUUUCAACACCUGAACCCCUUAAAACCUCUAGUUCCUUCACAGGGUCCUCCUCAAAGUCAACUGGGGUUGAAGAGAAAAGAACCGACCAGUACUUUCCAAGGCUUUCCUGAACAACAGGCUUCUUCUUCAAGUUGCCAAGUGUUCAAAAACCAUCCCUCUGUACUUGUUUGCCAUGCCUGCACGUUGGCCUUUGCUACACUGUUUCAUCUCAGGCAGCAUUGCAACAGUCGAAGACACCAUGAAAAAUUGAUUGAUUUCAAGAAGAUGGGAAGGGCUUUUAGCAACCCACUGUCAUGUGAUUUAUGUAAAUCUCCAGGCUCAAGUGUUCUUGUCAUAGAAGGUCAUCUCAAUGGACUAAAGCAUGCUCAGUCUCUUAUGGCCUUUGAGAAUAAGAAGAUGGCUAGAGCUGGACAAGCUUGGCUGCAAACUGUAAAUGAGAACGGGAGAUCUGCUCGGUGAAUUCUAUCAUAUGGAGCAGAAUCUGGAGUAUAACAUAUUGAUGCCCUGCUAAUACUCAGCUCAAUAUGUAAAAGCAGAUGACUGGGAAGUUGGUGCUUGUGUGGAUACUCUUCUCGAACAAUGAAGCAAUGUUGGAUUUAGUUUCAUAUUCCUUGCAUGUAAUCAGACUUAAUGCGAAUGAUGAGGCACAACAUUAUAGCCUUGCUGGAUCGAAACAGCAAAAUUUUUGUGUUCAGUUGGUCGGAUUGAUAGGGGUGGAACUAAAGUAGUGAAGAAAAUUGGGUGAGAAGAUGAGUACCAAUGUCAACAAAGUUGCUCAAGUUUCAUUCCUUCUCGGCCAAUGUCAGGUUUAUGUAUGUGGUAUCUCCCUUCCAUGAUGACUUGAUUGAGUCGAUAACCAAGUGACUGUAUAGAGAACUGUUUGCAUAACACUAUGUACACAUAUGCAUGUCUAUUGAUCUGUAUCUCGUAGUUCUCCCAAUCUUUGUGUGGAAGUAGUCUGUUAUAGUGUCUGUUGACUUAAUUCUGUUGGAGCUAUCGGUUUGCCACUCUAUAAAUUCAGUUUUGCAACUUUCAUCGGAACCCUGAUUCUGUCUUUUCCUGAUUCAAUUCCACAUUUACCAAUAAUUGUUCUUUCUGCUCCGAAGGCAUCACAUUUUGUUGAACAGCACAAUCGCCUUAUGAAGAUCGAGAUCUUGUUACUGCAUCAGUUUGCUGGAAUGACAAAUUUUCGUAAGAUUAAAA